AUGGCGCAGCAGGCGGCCCCUCCCCUCGCCGCGGCUUGGCACGGCACCGCCUGGCCCCUGCGCGCCUUCCUCGACGCGGCUGCACCCGCAACCGCACCGGGUGACGUGCGUGCCCGGUGGCCAGCGCGGCCGCGCGCGACCUCGCCGCGGCUGAACGGCUCGCCGGACCCGUGCGCGAGCGUGACUGGGGACCAAGGCGGGGGCUCGACGAAGCUGUGCGGCCUCCGCGGCUUCUCCACGCGCCCGCACGGUGCGGCCCACGCGCGGCACGCGGCACGACGGCGGCGGCCUCGGCGAGCGCGCGACUCCGCCCGCGGCUGCGAAGCUCGCGACGACGCGGCCCUCUGUGCCCCGACCGGAAUGGCCAGCCACUCCUCUGCGCUGGCCCCACAAGGGCGCGCGGCACGAGGUGGCCCCGCGGGCCCACACGCAGGGGCGCGCCCCCUGGCGGCGGCGGCGGCCUGGAACCGCCCAGGGCCCCUGGCGGCGGCGGCUGAUGGCUUGGGGUUAGGGUUUGGAAACCCUAGCCCCUAG